GGUGGUGGUGCUGGUGAUGGAGAACCGGUCAUUCGACCACAUGCUGGGCUGGAUGAAGAAACUCAACCCUGAAAUCAAUGGGGUAGAUGGGUCCGAAUCCAACCUCAUCAAUACCACUGACCCGAAAUCUACGCGGGUUUUCUUUGGCAGCCAAUCUCACUUCGUGGACCCUGAUCCGGGCCACUCGUUCCAGGCCAUCAGGGAGCAGAUUUUUGGAUCCAACGACACCUCCGCCAACCCGCCACCCAUGAAUGGUUUUGCUCAACAGGCUAAAUCCAUGGAUCCCAACAUGCCCCAGAGCGUCAUGAAUGGUUUUGAUCCCAGCAAGGUUGCAGUGUACAAGGCCUUAGUAUCAGAAUUUGCAGUGUUCGAUCGGUGGUUCGCCUCUGUGCCGGCUUCCACACAGCCCAACCGCCUCUACGUCCACUCCGCCACCUCCCACGGCGCCACCUCCAAUGUGGCGGCGCUGCUAGCCAAGGGCUACCCACAACGCACGAUCUUCGAGGAUCUUGAUGACGCCGGAAUAUCCUUCGGAAUAUACUUCCAGAACAUUCCGGCGACGCUGUUUUACAGAGACCUGAGGAAGCUCAAGUACAUAGGAAAGUUCCACCCGUACGGCGUGUCUUUCAAGAAGGACGCCACGAAUGGGAAACUCCCGGGGUACGUUGUGGUGGAGCAGAGGUACAUGGACUCCAAGGCGGAACCCGCCAACGACGACCAUCCGUCGCACGAUGUGUAUCAGGGGCAGAUGUUCGUGAAGGAGGUGUACGAGACGUUGAGGGGCAGCCCGCAGUGGAAUGAGACCCUCUUGGUGAUCACGUAUGAUGAGCAUGGGGGUUUCUACGACCAUGUUGCUACACCGAAUCAUGGAGUACCAAGCCCGGAUGGCAUUGUGGGGCCCGACCCGUUUUUCUUCAAGUUUGACAGAUUGGGAGUCAGGGUUCCAACUAUUGUCGUCUCUCCCUGGGUUCAGAAGGCCACUGUGGUGCAUGGCCCUAACGGGUCGCCUUCUCCGACAUCAGAAUACGAGCAUUCUUCAAUUCCGGCAACAGUAAGGAAGAUCUUCAACCUGUCGUCGCCGCCUCUUACAAAGAGAGAGGCAUGGGCAGGCACAUUCGACGGCAUACUCCAAAUUCUCAAACAGCCCAGAACUGACUGCCCUGAGAAACUGCCUACACCAGUAAAAAUAAGGCAGGGAGACGCGAACGAAGACGCAAAAGUAAGCGAGUUUCAGCAAGAGCUGAUACAACUAGCAGCAGUCCUGAAAGGGGAUGAUCUGCUGACAAGUUACCCUGGAAAGAUUGGGAAGAAUAUGAGUGUGAGGGAAGGGAAGGAAUACAUGGAGAGUGCUGUGAAGAGUUUCUUUGAAGCAGGUUUUGCUGCUAAAAAGAUGGGGGUUGAUGAACAACAGAUUGUCAAAAUGAGACCAUCUCUCUCUACAAGACCAUGAAACUUGAAACCCUCUAACAAAAUCAUGUUUCUUAUGCAACCUAUGAAACAAAGUGUAAAAACAACAUAUGCAAAGUAUGAAGGGAAUGCACAAGGGUCAUUUAUACC